CUGGCCACGGCCAUCUCGGCCGUCAACGCCGCCUACCAGGGCUUCAACUACGGCUCAACCUUUACAAACGGCCAGCCCAAGGCCCAGAGCGACUUCGAGGCCGAGUUCAAGACGGCCGCCGGCCUCGACGGCACCGACGGCGCCUUCACCUCGGCCCGCCUCUACACCAUGAUCCAGGCCGGCACCGCCAACACGCCCAUCUCCGCCAUCCCCGCCGCCCUCAGCACCAAGACGAGCCUGCUGCUCGGCCUCUGGGCGUCGGGAGGCGACGCCGCCUUCGCCAACGAGAUGGCCGCCCUCAAGAGCACCAUCAGCCAGUACUGCGACCAGUCGCUCGGCGACCUGGUGGCCGGCAUCUCCGUCGGCAGCGAGGACCUCUACCGCAUCACCCCGACGGGCAUCGCCUCCAACGCCGGCGCCGGCGCCCAGCCGGCUACCCUUGUCAACUACAUCGGCCAGGUCCGCGACGCCAUCAAGGGCUCGUGCCUGGCCGACGCCCCCGUCGGCCACGUCGACACCUGGAACGCCUGGGUGCUCGACUCCAACAAGCCCGUCAUCGACGCCGUCGACUGGCUCGGCAUGGACACGUACCCCUACUACGAGAACACCAACACAAACUCCAUCGCCAACGCCCAGUCGCUCUACCAGGCCGCCCUCACCAAGAUCCAGAACGCGGGGCCCGGCAAGCCCGUCUGGGUCACCGAGACCGGCUGGCCCGUCAGCGGGCCCAAGUCGGGCCUCGCCGUCGCCUCCACGGCCAACGCCCGCGAGUACUGGCUGCAGGUCGGCUGCCCCAACUUCGGCAAGGUCAACGUCUGGUGGUACACGCUGCAGGAUGCCGCGCCCGACGCGCCCAACCCUACCUUUGGCGUCAUCGGCAGCGAGCUGACCGAGAAGCCGCUGUACGACCUCUCGUGCAAGGACACCAGCGCUGUCGAGACCCAGACUACCGUUUCCGAGCAGACCACGACCGCGGUGGCGCAGACGUCCGUCUCAGAGGUCUUCACCACUACCUUCCCCACGGCCUCCGCUCCCACCUCCGUCAUCGUCAUCGUCCCCACGACCUUGGCCUCUGCCCCGUUCCCCAGUGCCAACAGCACUUCUGCGGCGGGCGGCGGCGGCUCCCCCUCCGCCUCGGCCCCUGGCUCCGGCCCCAGCUCGCCUUCCACGAGUAACAUCCCCGGAAGCAGCGGUAGCAAGCUGAGCUCUUUCGGGGCGGCGGCGGCUGCUAUUGCCGUGGCUGCCAUUGCUCUGUAA